GGCUUAGGAGCGUUGGCUGCUGUGAGCUGCGCGAGGCGGCACGGCAGAGAAGAAAGUUUUUGCAACACUUGGGCACCUGACUCCGCAUCUCUCCCAUGCGCGCUCUGGAGUGAGGCUGACCAAGGGAAUCAGCCGAGCGUGGGAGCGCACAAAGCUUUGGAGAUAAAGUUUCUGCUUGUUCCUUUGUUUUUGUUUUUUCUUUCUUUGAUUGGUUUACAGCCGGGAGAUUCUAGCAGCCGAAUCAAGCUUUCGUCUUCACCUUUGCUUUUGGGUGGGGGAAGAAAUGUUCCUCGUCUGUGAAACAGGUCGUGGUUUAGAUGGAAAUGCGCUGACUUGAGACUGGACCAGUUUUCCCUUUUGCAGAAAGCUAGAGAAGGGUAUUAAUUUACGCACCUAUUUAUUGACUUUUUUUUCCCUUUGCCGCCGCUGCUCUUCUCCCUUCCGCUUCUUCUACCGGAGCAUCAGGUUUUGUUGGAGCUAUAUGGAGGGAUCUCAGAAUGGUUUGCAACAGGAAAACCAAAACUUUAGUGUCCACAUGCGUGAUUCUCAGCGGGAUGACUAACAUCAUCUGCUUGCUCUACGUGGGCUGGGUAACCAACUACAUUGCCACGGUUUCUGUGAAAGUUCAGGAGCCGAUCUCGGAGAAAAAGUUAGAGGAAGACAAAGGAGACACUCUAAGGAUUAUAGAAAGGCUGGACCACUUGGAAAGUGUCAUCAAGCAGCACAUCCAAGAAGCACCGCUGAAGCCAGAAGAAAAUCCUGCAGAUGCAUUCAUUGAUUCAUCCCUCUUUGCUCACUGGGGCCAAGAUCUGAGCCCUGAGAACCAACGAAUUGCCCUUAAACAGUUCCAGUAUUAUGGUUACAAUGCUUACCUGAGUGAUCGCUUGCCGCUGGACAGACCCUUGCCUGACUUUAGACCUAUUGGGUGCAAGAACCUGACCUUUCCAGAGAGUCUUCCCGAGGUCAGCAUUAUUUUCAUAUUUGUGAAUGAAGCUCUUUCAGUGAUUCUUCGGUCCAUUCAUUCUGCAAUCGACAGGACUCCUGCUCAUUUGUUGAAAGAGAUUAUUUUAGUGGAUGACAAUAGUAACAAUGAAGAGCUGAAAGAGAAGCUAAAAGAAUAUGUUGAUGAAUUGAACACACGGAAACCGGGGUUCAUUAAGAUGGUCCGCCACAGCAAGCAAGAGGGACUGAUUCGAUCUCGUGUUAGUGGCUGGAGGGCAGCUACUGCUCCAGUAGUUGCACUCUUUGAUGCACAUGUAGAAUUCAACGUGGGCUGGGCUGAACCGGUACUCACAAGGAUAAAAGAAAACAGAAGACGAGUGAUUUCUCCGUCAUUUGAUAAUAUCAAAUAUGACAACUUUGAACUAGAAGAAUACCCACUAUCUGCCCAAGGAUUUGAUUGGGAAUUAUGGUGUCGAUAUCUAAAUCCACCAAAAUCAUGGUGGAGGUUGGAAAAUACUACUGCUCCUAUAAGGAGUCCGGCACUGAUUGGAUGUUUUAUAGUAGACAGGGAAUAUUUCCAAGAAAUUGGUCUACUGGAUGAAGGCAUGGAGGUCUACGGAGGUGAAAAUGUGGAACUUGGGAUCAGAGUCUGGCAGUGUGGCGGUAGCGUUGAAGUGCUGCCUUGCUCUAGGAUUGCCCAUAUUGAACGAGCCCAUAAGCCAUACACAGAAGAUCUAACAUCCCAUGUCCGAAGAAAUGCACUAAGAGUGGCUGAAGUUUGGAUGGAUGAAUUCAAAAGCCAUGUUUACAUGGCAUGGAAUAUUCCUCAGGAGGAUUCUGGAAUUGACAUUGGCGACAUCUCAGAGAGGAAGGCCUUGAGGAAAAAGCUGCAGUGCAAGACCUUCCGGUGGUAUCUUGUCAGUGUAUAUCCUGAGAUGAGAAUGUACUCUGACACUGUCGCCUAUGGGGUGCUACAGAAUUCCCUAAAAAGUGAUCUGUGCCUUGAUCAGGGACCAGACACAGAAAAUAUUCCAAUCAUGUACAUCUGCCAUGGAAUGACACCACAGAAUGUCUACUAUACAGGUAACCAACAGAUCCAUGUGGGUGUUCUUAGUCCUACCAUUGACGAUGAUGACAACAGAUGCCUGGUCGAUGUGAACAGCAGGCCAAGACUUAUUGAAUGUAGUUAUGCCAAAGCCAAAAGGAUGAAGCUUUACUGGCAAUUUACUCAGGGAGGUCCAAUCCAGAACAGAAAAUCCAAACGUUGCCUGGAGUUGCAGGAAAACAGCGACAAUGAAUUUGGAUUCCAACUGGUUCUCCAGAAAUGUUCUGGCCAGCACUGGUCUAUAACAAACAUCCUGAAAAGCUUGCCAACAUAGACUUUUGAGUGGGAGAGCAGAUCUUCUCAUUACUCUUCUUGCUACCGUGUAGCGAAAGUUUGCAAUGACACCUGCGAUUUCCCUCAUUUCAUUUUUGUGUGAGUGUGUGAAUGUCCGCUUGAGGGCUGAGAACAGACACUUUUAUUUCAUAAUGGCAUAUUCAUGUGAUUUAUAGAUUGAUUCUGAAUGGCAGGUGAUGGUAGAAUAUGUUAAAGUAUUUUGCAAUUGUACAUAGGGGAAAAAUGGAAAAUAUUUAUAAGUCAGACAAUAAAAUUUUAUUGAAUAAAAACACAGUAGUCUCUUUGUUUAUUUAACUUGGUAAGCCAGCUUCAGAGCAAUCUAUGUACUUAACAGGAUAUCCUCUUCGCUUUUUCUUUUACUUUUUCAUAAGAGCAUUUAAAAUUUUAGAAUACUUUAAGUAUUUCCCCAUUUGUUGUCUCUUCCUUCUAAGUACAAUUUACCAAUAUUAAUGCAACAUUCGGGGAACUUUUAAACCAGUACAAAAGCACACAAAGUUCCCAUAUCAAUUCUGUAGAUUCAUUAAGGGAAAAGGAAGAAUCCCUUAGCAUUCAUAGAGUUUCAGUUAUGUACUGAGUGUAUAACUUAUCUGAUUUUAAAACAUACAUUUGACUAAUUACAUGUCAUUUCCUUUUACUUAAAAGUCUUAUAUUAAUUACUAGAACUUUCAUAGCACUCAAGAGACUAACUUUACCCAAAGCAUGGAUUUGCCUGUGGUUCUUGGUGUUAGGAGCUGGUUUCCACAGAGAAAUAAUUAUGCUAAAAUUGUAAUUUGAAGUACAAAAUGUAAAGUAGGAACAUUUUAUAUCCUUUUUCUGUAGGCAGAGAAUGAAGGAUAUAGUUAUACGUGUCUAAAUAAAUGUAGCAGAACACCAACCUUUUACAUUAAAGUAUGAUACAAUUCUACACAAGCCUAUUUUGAAGUCAAUCAAUUUAAUAAUUUUUCUUCCUAGGUAAGUGUGUUAAGAUUGCUAAUCUACAGUAUUUGUUUAAAAAUAGUUUUAUUCAAAAUAAACCAUAAAAAAACAAAUUGCAUCAAUAGUCUUAUUCCAAUUUCUGUUCAUUUCUCUCCCUAAGUCAUUCUUGCAUCUUUUUCUUAAAACAUUUGCAUUUUUGUAGCUGUUCCCAAUAUUAAGUUUAUAAAUUUGUGAACAAUAUUUUCAUUUA